AUGGCAUCAUCAACAGCAUCAAUUACCGCGGCGUCUGCGCAACUCUGUAACUCUUCCUCGUCGACGUUUCGACGAGGAGGAAGUCGAUCCUCCCUCGUCGUCGGUAAAAAGUACAACAACAACAAGACGAGGAAAAGUAAAAACGUUUACGCUUUACGCAACUUUGAUUAUCCAGAAGCGCUUUUGUUCGAUUGCGACGGCGUGCUGUGCGAAACAGAAAGAGACGGACACAGAGUUACGUUCAAUAAAACGUUCAAAGAAAAUGGGCUCGAGCACGAGUGGGGAGUUGAAUUAUACGGCGAGCUUUUGAAAAUUGGCGGAGGUAAAGAACGCAUGACGCAUUAUUUUGAUAACGUGGCGCCGAAAGACUCGGAACCGUGGAAAUCGACGACGGAUCCGGAAGAGAGAAAGAAACUCGUUGCGGCGUUUCACAAGAGAAAAACGGAAAUGUUUCUUGAAGUGGUGAAAGCUGGCGAGUUGCCGUUGCGACCGGGCGUGGCGAGGUUGAUCGGCGAAGCUUUGGAAGCUGGAUCCAAAGUCGCCGUGUGCUCCACCUCAAACGAAGUCGCCGUGCAAGGUAUCGUGGAUACCAUGUUACCGCAAUACGCAGACAGAAUGCCAGUUUUUGCCGGAGAUAUCGUUCCAAAGAAGAAGCCAGCGCCUGAUGUGUAUUUACUCGCCGCCAAAACACUCGGUGUCGAUCCUGCACGAUGCGUAGUCAUCGAAGACACGCACAUCGGACUUCAAGCAGCUAAAGCAGCGGGUAUGAGAUGCUGCGUAACAAAGUCAAUCUAUUCCGAGGGUGAAGAUUUCACCGGAGCGGACGCUGUGUUCGAUUGUUUAGGCGAAGCCGGCGAGGAGCGCGCGAAGUUUCACGACUUGACCACUCCCGGGGCAUUCUGGCUCAAUCCACCUUUGCCUCAACACUUAAACGGCGAUUGGUACGUCGGCGAAGAAGAAGAAGAUAAAGAUAAAGAGGAGAAAAAGGUAGAAGGUAGCGUCGUCUACGAUAGCACGAAAGCGAUUAUAGACGAUCUUGAAAAACUAUGA